GCACUGCAAUAAAGAACGGAUUUAGGUUAUGUUGCACCGCAAUGAAGAACGCUUUGGUGUCACUAGUUUACACUAGUGCAGAAAGUUCGGCAAUAAGGAACAAACCUAUAAUUCGCGAUAUUUUGGACGUUUGUUAACAACUGUGCUUCGAAUGUGAAAUGGUGAAUUUGUGACAUCAGUAGCUAGAAGAUCACGGUAACAAUGGCCAAACAGAUUACGACAGUAUUAAUAGACCUCAGUGGGACACUGCAUAUUGACAAUACAAUCAUCCCAGGCGCUGUGCAGGCAUUAAACAGAUUACGAAAUGCCCACCUGUCGAUUAAAUUUGUCACCAACACUACCAAAGAAUCGAGUAAUUAUCUAUACGAACGUUUAACCAAACUUGGAUUUGAUCUGCGAAAGGAAGAAAUCUUCAGCUCCUUAGCCGCAGCGAGAAAACUGAUUAUCACCCGGCAAUUGAAACCAAUGUUGUUGAUCGAUCCAGCAGCGAUGGAUGAUUUUCAAGAUCUAGUAACAGACGAGACACCAAACGCAGUGGUGGUUGGUUUAGCACCGAGCAAAUUCAAUUAUGACGAGUUGAACAAGGCAUUUAGAUUGCUUUUAGAUGGUGCGUCGCUCAUAGCCAUUCAUGAAGGACGAUACUACAAACGUCCCGAUGGUCUGGCUCUAGGUCCUGGUGCAUUUAUCAAAGGCUUGGAGUAUUCUAGCAACACAAAAGCAGAAGUUGUUGGCAAACCAACCAUGGGAUUUUUCCAGGCAGCUUUAGGAGGGACAGAUCCAGUGCAAGCUGUAAUGAUUGGUGAUGAUGUAAAGGAUGAUGUAGCUGGUGCACAGGCAGCUGGGAUUAAGGCCAUACUGGUACAGACUGGCAAAUAUAGAACGGGAGAUGAAAGUACUAUUAAUCCAGGACCAGUAAAAGUAUGUGCUUCUUUUGUACAGGCAGUUGAAAGUAUUCUCGAUGGAAGUAUUUAACAAUUUAUGGUUGAUAAAUUGAUAUUGCAAAUAAUAAUAGAAUUCUCUUUAUUGGAGUAUCGCUGCGUAGACAAUAUGCAAUUUCUUCCUCUCUUCUGUAUUAAAUUAUAUAUUUUAUUUAAAUAUAAAUUAUUCUAUGAUGUACAUAGUUUCGAGCGAUGCCAUAUUAUUGUAAAAUAGACAAUAAAUACAAGUCGAAAUUAAUGUCAAUCUUGUUUUUUUUUGUUUUUUGAUAUAAAGUUCUAUGUAUCAUUCAGCCUAUCGAUGUAACUUUCAAUUAAUCAGAGUAAUAUCAAUGAUAUUGUAUUAAAUAUGUACAAAGAUAAUUAAGUAAACGUGAAAGUAGUCGAAGAUGAUGGAAAUAUCGUCUCACUGAUCGUAGAAAACUGUAGAAAAUUUGACUUGUUUAAUUUGACAUUGGAAAGGUUUAAUAAGUCACGUUUUAGGACAAUAAAAUAUAUCGUACAAAGCAAUUUAUAUAAUAAGCGUACUUUUGUAGAGACGAUAUCGGUAUAAUCGUUUUAUCUUGUUCUAAAAAAUUAUAAAUUUAAUAUAAGUCUUUUUUUACACUAUUACAUAGCCUUACAUUGUAAGUAGUACCACUGUAGAACCUGCACUUACUAAUAAAGCAGAUUUACAG